AUGAUGCGUUAUUAUUUUUUUGUAUGCAUUUUAUUGACCACACUUUCAGUUGUCAAUGGUAUUCCGCUCAACAAAAGAGCCACUCUUUUCAUGCCAUGCAAUUCUACAAUACCCACAUUAGAUAUAACAAUUAACCCUGAUCCUCCUAUUCCUGGAAAAACCUCAACCUUUAAGCUUAAGGGAAAUUUUGAAGAUUAUGCUGUUACUGGAUCUUUACUUGGAGUUUUAUUUGUUAAUCCCAAAACUCUUGACUAUGUAAAUGACCCCAAUGCUAAAUAUGUACAAAAUCUAUGUAUUAUUGCAUCCUGCCCGGUAAUUUCUUUAGAUAUAGAUGUGGUCGUUCCAAUUCCAAAAGUUGGUAUGCCCGCUGAUAUUAUUGUUGGAGUUACGGAUGCGUAUGGAACAAAAAUUCAUGCCUGUGCGGUAUCCGUUCCUAUUGGCUCUCCGGCCCUCAAAUUUUUGAAAGACAAAACUUUCUCCGAGUGA